GGCUGGUUGGAGUAUACGCUGCACGCUUUGCAGCUACCAAAACUAAGCUUAUUUCGAUAAUAUUUUGCCGCAACGGAAAACAUUUCAGUUCAAUUUAUUCAAUUGUUAAAGUUAGGUCGAAGCGAUCGGUAGUGCCGUUGAAACCCUCCAACAACUCGCAUCUGCCCUCGCCAAUCGGUUGCGUGUUCCAAGCGAAGUUUUGUGCGAGGUGUUCGAAAACCGUUUCGUGUUUGGAUAUUUGAGUGUUAUCAAAACUUUGUGAGACAAUUAUAUUCAUUUAUGGAAGAAUACUUGUAAAUUUGUGCAAAUUGAGUUAUUAUUAAUCGAUUAAUUGCAAUAAAAAACGUGUUAACUAAAACGCAAAAACGCACAUAGAAUAAAACUAACAUUUGCUGUAAAAUUGUGGUGCUUCUGAAAAAAAUGGAUGUUAAAACUAAUGAAGACAGCGGCCGAGUUACAACCACAGUGUCUAUUGAACUUUCCAAUAACACCAAUCAGAAAAAGACUAAAGACAAGGAUGAUAACGCCGAUGAUAGACCUAAUUGGUCAAAUGGUCUUGAAUUUCUUAUGUCCUGCAUUUCGAUGUCUGUUGGAUUGGGUAACAUUUGGCGCUUUCCCUUUACGGCCUAUGAGAAUGGAGGAGGAGCUUUUUUAAUUCCAUAUUUGAUAGUACUUUUCCUCAUAGGCAAACCCAUGUACUAUCUGGAGAUGAUUAUGGGACAAUUUACGAGCAAAGGCUCUGUAAAAGCAUGGUCUAUAUGUCCAUCGUUUUUAGGUGUGGGCUAUGGUCAAGCAUUUGGCACAUUGUCCAUUAUAACGUACUAUUCAUCUUUAAUUGCUCUGACUUUGUACUAUAUGAUCGUAUCUUGUCAAGCGAUUCUCCCUUGGACAUAUUGUCGCGACGAAUGGGAAAAUUGUGUAGAUUCAAUGCCAAAAGAAGACACAUUGCAAUUUCCCAAUGACACAUCAAAUAAAUUGACCAGCAGUUCGGAGUUGUACUUUAUUGAAAUUGUAUCAAAGGAAAAGGAUCAAAUAGAUGACGGCCUGGGAUCUCCCGAUUUGUAUUUAACGUUGACGUUAUUUGCAUCAUGGAUCGUUAUUUUUCUCGUUAUACGUAAUGGUGUUAAGAGUUCCGGAAAAGCUGCAUACUUUUUGGCGUUAUUUCCCUACGUAGUUCUCAUUGCUUUAUUAAUACGCGCGGUAACCUUGGAGGGUGCCGUGGAUGGGAUUUUAUUCUUUUUGGAACCUGACUGGGGUCAGUUGGCAAACUUAAAGGUUUGGAAGGAAGCUGUUGUCCAGUGCUUUUUUUCUCUGGCAGUUGGCAUUGGCCCGAUAAUCAUGUUUUCGUCCUACAACCGAUUUGAUCAUCCAAUUUACAGAGAUGCCAUGAUUGUUACCAGCUUAGAUACGUUGACCAGUAUGUUGGCGGGUAUUACAAUUUUCGGAAUAUUGGGCAAUCUGGCGCAUAAUCUUAAGGUGUCCGAUAUAAAGGAGGUGGUUCAAAGUGGCACUGCAUUGGCAUUUAUAUCGUAUCCAGAUGCUAUUGCGAAAUUUCAGGCUGUUCCUCAAUUUUUCGCAGUUCUUUUCUUCUUCAUGCUGUUCGUUUUGGGAGUGGGCUCUAUUGUAGCUCUGCAGAGCACAAUUGUCACCAUUAUAUGUGAUCAGUUCAAGUCCACGAAAUAUUGGGUUGUUGCUUUGAUUUGUUCAAUAGGUGGAUUUCUAUUGGGUUUGGUUUAUGUGACCCCAGGUGGCCAGUGGAUUUUAAAUUUGGUUGACUUUUACGGUGGAACAUACGUGGUAUUUGCCUUGGCGAUUUUGGAAAUUGUUGGAAUUAUUUGGAUUUACGGUUUACAAAAUUUCUGUGAUGAUGUUGAAUUUAUGACAAACAGAAAAGUGUCGAUAUAUUGGCGUCUAUGUUGGUCAUUCCUAACGCCUGUUAUGAUGAUAGUCAUUUUUGUCUACUCCAUGGUCACCAUUGAACCUUUAACAUACAAGAAAAUUGAAUAUCCAGAAGCAGCAAAUAUUGCUGGUUGGGUAAUAUUUGCCAUUGGCAUUGCUCAGUUUCCUUUAUGGGGUUGGUGGUAUAUUAAAACCCAUUACAAGGAUUCAUUCAUGAAUACAUUGAGAACUUCUUUAAGAUCUUCUGAGGAGUGGGGACCAAAGAACCCAGAAACACGGGCCAAAUGGAUAGCUUAUAAAGAAGCUUUAGCUUUGGAACGGGGGAAAAAGUUGUCAAGCAAUAAAUUUGGAUUCUUUAAGCAAAAAGUUUACAACAUAUCAGUAGGAAAAAAUUAAAAAAAAGUUAAUCAAUCGACAGUAUUAAUAUAGCAACUAACAAAUGUAUGUAUGUAUGUAUAUAAAUUAAAUGUUACUUAAAUAUUUGCAUUA